GGCAGCGACGGCGGCGGCGGCGGCGCAGGGGCUGGUACGCGCUGGGCGGCGAGAGCCUCAUGGCGGAGGAAGAGAGCGACCAAGAGGCCGAGCGCCUCGGAGAAGAGCUCGUGGCCAUUGUGGAGUCCCCGCCGGGCCCGGUCGGGCUCCGCGCUGUGGGCGACGGCAGGGGCUGCUCCGGCCGCGGCAGCUGCGGCGGCGGCGUCGGGAUCAGCAGUCGGGAUUACUGCCGACGCUUCUGUCAGGUGGUUGAAGAUUAUGCUGGAAGAUGGCAGGUCCCUUUGCCCCAGCUUCAAGUUCUUCAGACUGCACUUUGUUGUUUCACAUCAGCCAGUGCAUCGUUCCCAGAUGAAUGUGAGCACGUACAAUAUGUCUUGAGUAGUCUUGCUGUGAGUUUCUUUGAGUUGCUGCUGUUCUUUGGAAGAGACGAGUUUUAUGAAGAGCCUUUAAAGGAUAUUCUUGGAUCAUUCCAGGAAUGCCAGAAUCACCUCAGCAGAUAUGGAAAUGUGAAUCUGGAACUAGUGACUCGAAUCAUUAGAGAUGGUGGCCCAUGGGAAGAUCCAGUGUUGCAAGCUGUUCUUAAAGCUCAGCCAGCUUCUCAGGAGAUAGUAAACAAAUAUUUAAGUUCUGAGAAUCCACUGUUCUUUGAACUACGUGCCAGAUACCUAAUUGCUUGUGAACGCAUACCUGAAGCAAUGGCUCUUAUUAAAUCAUGUAUAAAUCACCCAGAAAUGAAUAAAGACUUGUACUUCCAUCAAGCCCUCUUCACAUGUCUGUUUAUGUCACCUGUAGAAGAUCAACUAUUCCGGGAGCAUUUAAUGAAAACUGACUGCAAGAAUGGAAUUGAUAUCAUCUGUAACACUGAGAAAGAAGGCAAGACUAUGUUAGCCUUGCAACUCUGUGAAUCCUUUCUUAUUCCACAGCUCCAGAAUGGGGAUAUGUAUUAUAUAUGGGAGUUGAUUUUCAUAUGGAGUAAACUACAGCUUAAAUCUAAUCCUUCAAAACAAGUUUUUGUAGAUCAAUGCUACCAGCUUUUAAGAACAGCAACUAAUGUGAGAGUCAUAUUUCCAUUCAUGAAAAUCAUUAAAGAUGAGGUUGAAGAAGAAGGCUUGCAAAUUUGUGUUGAAAUAUGUGGGUGUGCUCUACAACUUGACCUUCAUGAUGAUCCUAAAACUAAAUGUCUAAUUUAUAAAACAAUUGCACAUUUUUUGCCAAAUGAUUUAGAGAUCCUCAGGAUUUGUGCACUGUCAAUAUUUUUCCUUGAGCGCUCCUUAGAAGCUUACCAUACUGUUGAAGAACUCUAUAAACGUCCAGAUGAAGAAUAUAAUGAAGGCACAAGUUGUGUGCAAAAUCGUGUUCGUUUUGAAUUACUUCCAAUUUUGAAAAAGGGAUUGUUUUUUGAUCCUGAAUUUUGGAACUUUGUCAUGAUUAAGAAAAACUGUGUGGCAUUACUGAAUGAUAAAUCAGCAGUCAAAUUUCUAAAUGAAAGUACACUGGAAAAUUCUACAGGUAUUCUAAAAAGGACAGUGGAACAUCAAGGUUUAGGUGAAGGGCUUGACUCUCUUAGAGAACAGAGCACUGGAGAAAUUGAGCCUGAUGAUAUAUCUGGAGUGCCGCCUAAAGAUCAUAUUAAUAUAAAGAAAAACCUUACAGCUCUUAAUACUUCCAAAGUAGAUCAUAAUGUCCCAAGGCAUCGGUGUAUGUUAUGUAACAAGGAAUUUCUUGGUGGUCACAUUGUAAGGCAUGCCCAGGCUCAUCAGAAAAAAGGCAGUUUUUCAUGUGUAAUAUGUGGUAGGAAAUUUAGAAACAGAGGACUUAUGCAAAAACAUUUAAAGAAUCAUGUUAAGAAAAUACAGAGACAGCAAAUUACUGCAGCUCAUGAUCAGGAAAUUACUGCUUUGGAAGAAAUAAAUGGUUCCAGUUCUUCCAUUACAUUUGAGAAUGGGAAUUUGAAUAAGGAUAUGGAAAUAGAGACUCUGUCUACUUCCAGUGAUGGAAACAAAGCAGUCAUCUCUGAACACGUGGCUGAGUUAAUUCAAAUUCCCACAGAUGUACCAAAAGAUGUAACUGAAAAUAUUAUUGAAAAUGGUAGUCCAAAUUCUUUAAAUAACCUCUCAGAAUCUUUACCUCAAUGUGAGAAUGACUAUGAGGAUGAAGAAAAUGAAAUUGAUUAUGAAGAAGAUGAUUAUGACCUGAACCCAGAAACUUCAGUACUUCAUAAAAUCAAUGGAACUGUGUGCCAUCCGAAAGAUGUGUAUGCUACAGAUCAAGAAGGAAACUUUAAGUGUCCUGCUCUUGGCUGUGUCAGAAUCUUUAAAAGAAUUGGAUUUCUAAAUACACAUGCAAGGACUACACAUCCAACAGAUUUAAAUGUACGACAAACAGUAAUGAAGUGGAGCAAAGGAAAAUGCAAAUUUUGCCAAAGGCAAUUUGAAGAUUCCCAACAUUUCAUAGAUCACCUUAAUAGACACAGCUAUCCAAAUGUGUACUUUUGUUUGCAUUUUAAUUGCAAUGAGUCCUUUAAGCUGCCAUUCCAGUUGGCCCAACAUACAAAAAGUCACAGGAUAUUUCAAGCUCAGUGUAGUUUUCCAGAAUGCCAUGAGCUUUUUGAAGAUCUUCCUUUGCUCUAUGAACAUGAAGCUCAGCACUAUUUAAGUAAAACACCAGAAUCAUCUGUACAACCAAGUGAAGCAAUUACUUUGGAUGUUUGUACAGACUCAAAUUCUAUUCAUCAGGAAAAAGACUCAUCUAGUAAAGAUAAACCAACUAUUAGUCUACCAGUUUCUACUAGCAAAUCAAGGAAAUAUUCUACAGAACCAAAGACAUGUAUAGAUAACAUGGAAAAGAAAACAGACAGUUUAGUUCAGAAUGGAAAUGAACAUUCUGAUUACACUGUUUCAAAUACAAGCUUGACAGACCAAAAGAUGCCUGACAUACAGCCAAAUUCUGAAAACAAUGACUUAAUAAAUGGACAUAGUGAAAUAGAGCAAGCAGAUCCUGCUUUGAAAACUGAUACAAGCAGAAUCAGGACAGAAAAUGGUUCUGUUUUACCCAAUGUUGUACCACAAGACCACAAUCCUCUGCCAGUAUCUCAGGCAUCAUCCAAACCAAAUCCUACAAGUGAACAUACUUCGUAUGGCUUAAUUUUAACAAAGCCGUAUGUCAGACCACUGCCUCCCAGUUACCUUGAUGAACGGUACCUUAGUAUGCCAAAACGCAGAAAAUUUCUGAAUGAUAGAGUAGAUGCCUGUUCUGAUUCAGAUAGUAUUUAUAAAAAAUCAGCAAAAAGAUUAAGAUGUGGCAAAUGCCUGACCACCUACUGUAAUGCAGAAGCGCUUGAGGCUCACCUUGCACAAGAGAAAUGUCAGACACUCUUUGGAUUUGAUUCAGAUGAUGAAAGUGCCUGAUAAAAAUGUCUCAACAAGAUCUGUCGAUCAAGUAGUAGUGUUUUUUUUGUUUUGUUUUUUGUAAAGAAAGUACUACAAGAAAUUACAUCAUCAGUUUGCUGUUUCCCUGAUGGCCUUAAUUUUAGAGUGAUCUUGGAUUACUAAAGAUAAAGCACAUUUUCUAGAAUGAACUUGAAGAGGAGAUGUGCUGGCUUAGACUCCAAAAGGGUUAUUAUAAAACUUCCAAAGUACCAGUUAUUCAGAAUAACCACAUUUGUUUUUUAAGUUUAUGGUGAUUAAUACCAGCAUGUUGUUUUGCUUCUGUGAAAGUA